GGCCGGCGCGCGGGCGGGACGGAGGGCGCGAGGGGGAGCGCGCGGUCGCCGGGUCGCCGGAGGUGAAGCGCAGCGAGGAUGGCGGCGCGGGCCCGGGGGCCGCUGCGGCUGCUGCUCGCGCUCUCCGUGCUGCUGGUCCCGGGUCCCUCCGCCGCGGCGGCCAAGCUCAACAUUCCCAAAGUGCUGCUGCCCUUCACGCGGUCCACGCGCGUGAACUUCACUCUGGAAGCUUCGGAGGGCUGCUAUCGCUGGUCAUCCACCCGGCCAGAAGUGGCCAGCAUAGAACCGCUGGGCCCCAACGAACAUCAGUGCUCCCAGAAAGCGGUGGUGCAGGCCCGCCUAACUCAGCCCGCUCGCCUGACCAGCAUCAUCUUUGCUGAGGACAUCACCACAGGCCAGGUGCUGCGCUGUGAUGCCAUUGUUGAUCUUAUCCACGGCAUUCAAAUUGUCUCUACCACCCGUGAGCUCUACCUGGAAGAUUCCCCGCUGGAGCUGAAGAUCCAGGCUCUGGACUCUGAAGGGAACACCUUCAGCACCCUAGCAGGGCUGGUCUUCGACUGGACGAUUGUGAAGGACACAGAGGCAAAUGGAUUCUCAGACUCCCACAAUGCACUGCGAAUCCUUACCUUCUUGGAGUCCACAUACAUACCUCCUUCGUACAUCUCAGAGAUGGAGCAGGCAGCCAAGCAGGGGGACACCAUCCUGGUGUCUGGUAUGAAGACUGGGAGCUCCAAGCUCAAGGCUCGCAUUCAGGAGGCUGUCUACAAGAGUGUUCACCCCGCAGAAGUUAGGCUGCUGAUCUUGGAGAACAUCCUUCUGAACCCAGCGUAUGAUGUCUACCUGCUGGUGGGGACUUCCAUUGACUACAAGGUGCAGAAGAUCAGACAAGGGGAAAUUACAGAGCUCUCCAUGCCUUCUGAUCAGUAUGAGCUGCAGCUUCAGAACAGCGUCCCCAGCCCAGAAGGAGACCCUGCCGAGCCUGUGGCUGUCCUGGCCCAGGACACGUCCAGGGUCACUGCGGUGCAACUGGGACAAAGCAGCCUGGUCCUGGGCCAUAGGAGUAUCCGCAUGCAGGGUGCUUCUAGGCUCCCCAACAGCACCAUCUACGUGGUUGAACCUGGAUACUUGGGGUUCAUGGUCCACCCUGGUGACAGAUGGGUUCUUGAGACUGGCCGCCUGUAUGCAAUCACCAUUGAAGUGUUUGACAGGUUCAGCAACAAGGUGUUCCUGUCUGACAACAUCCGAAUUGAAGCUGUGCUUCCUGCUGAGUUCUUUGAGGUUCUCUCAUCUUCCCAGAACGGGUCAUACCAUCAAGUUAGGGCAAUACAGAGGGGCCAGACGACCAUCCAUGCAGCCCUCACCUCUGUGGUAGACCAGGACGGAGGUGUCCAUGUUCUACAGGUACCUGUGUGGAACCAGCAGGAAGUGGACAUUCACAUCCCAAUCACACUGUACCCCAGCAUCCUGACAUUUCCAUGGCAACCAAAGACGGGCACCUAUCAGUACACCAUAAAGGCUCAUGGAGGCAGUGGGAACUUCAGCUGGUCUUCAUCAAGCUAUGUGGUUGCCACAGUCACUGUCAAGGGUGUGAUGACCACAGGCAGUGACACUGGACUCAGUAUCAUCCAAGCACAUGACAUUCAGAACCCUCUGCAUUUUGGCGAGAUGAAGGUGUAUGUGAUCGAGCCCAGCAGCAUGGAGUUCGCCCCGUGCCAGGUGGAGGCGAGACUGGGUCAGACCCUGGAGCUGCCCCUGAGGAUCAGCGGCCUCAUGCCCGGCGGGGCCAAUGAAGUGGUCACCCUGAGUGACUGCUCCCACUUUGACUUGACUGUGGAGGUCGAGAACCAGGGUGUGUUCCAGACACUGCCAGGGAGGCUGCCACCAGGGCCUGAGUAUUGCAGUGGUGUCAGAGUGAGAGCUGAGACCCAGGGGUCUACCACCCUCCUCGUGAGCUACACAUAUGGCCACAUUCACCUGAGUGCCAGGGUCACUAUUGCUGCCUACCUACCGCUGAAGGCUGUGGAUCCCUCUUCUGUUGCUGUGGUAACCCUGGGCUCCUCGAAAGAGAUGCUGUUUGAAGGUGGCCCCCAGCCCUGGGUCCUUGAGCCUUCUAAGUUCUUCCGGAAUGUCACCUCUGAGGACACAGAUAGCAUCAGUCUGGCUCUCUUAGGGCCCCCUGCCUCCCGGAAUUACCAGCAACACUGGAUCCUUGUGACUUGCCAAGCCUUGGGUGAGCAGGUCAUUGCCCUCUCAGUGGGGAACCGGCCCAGCAUCACCAACUCCUUCCCUGUCGUGGAGCAUGCUGUGGUGAAGUCCGUCUGUGCUGAGCCAUCCAGGCUCACCCUCACACCAGUUUAUGCCAGUCCCCAGCUGGACCUGUCUUGUCCAUUGCUGCAGCAGAACAAGCAGGUGGUUCCGGUCUCCAGCCACCGUAACCCGCUGCUGGACCUGGCUGCCUAUGACCCGCAGGGUCGCCAAUUUGACAACUUUAGUUCUCUGAGCAUCCAGUGGGAGUCCACCCGGCCUUUGCUGGCCAGCAUUGAGCCUGACCAGCCCCUGCAGCUGGUGUCCCAGGAUGAUGGGAGCGGCCAGAAGAAGUUACAUGGUUUGCAGGCCAUUUCGGUUCACCAGGCAUCAGGAACUACAGCCAUCUCUGCCACAGCAACUGGCUACCAACAGUCUCACCUCAAAGCUGCCAGAGCAAAGCAACCGCACGAGUCUCCUGUGUCUGUGUCAGCCUCCGUAGAGCUCAUUCUGGUGGAGGAUGUGAGGGUGAGUCCGGAAGAGGUGACCAUCUACAACCACCCAGGUGUCCAGGCAGAACUCCAUGUCAGAGAAGGCUCUGGCUACUUCUUCCUCAACACAAGCACCACAGAUGUCAUCAAAGUGGUCUACCAGGAGGCCCAGGGCAUCGCCAUGGUGCACCCUUUGCUCCCGGGCUCGUCAACCGUCAUGAUCCACGACUUGUGCCUGGCCUUCCCUGCCCCGGCAAGGGCUGUUGUUUAUGUCUCCAACAUUCAGGAGCUGUACAUCCGUGUGGUAGACAAGGUGGAGAUUGGGAAGGCAGUCAAAGCCUAUGUCCGAGUUCUGGACUUUUAUAAGAAGCCUUUCCUGGCCAAGUACUUUGCCUUCAUGGACCUGAAGCUCCGAGCAGCUUCCCAGAUCGUCACGUUGGUGGCCCUGGACGAAGCCCUUGACAACUAUACCACCACGUUCCUUGUGCACGGCAUGGCCAUUGGCCAGACCAGCCUGUCUGCAAGUGUGACGGACAAAGCCGGACAGAGAGUCAGCUCCACCCCACAGCAAAUUGAAGUCUUCCCCCCGUUCAGGUUGAUACCCAGGAAGGUGACACUGAUUAUUGGGGCCAUGAUGCAGAUCACCUCCGAGGGCGGUCCCCAGCCUCAGUCCAACAUCCUCUUCUCCAUCAGCAAUGAGAGUGUGGCCGCAGUGAGCAGUUCCGGGCUGGUACAUGGGCUCACCAUUGGCAAUGGCUCUGUGUUAGGGGUUGUGCAGGCUGUGGAUGCAGAGACGGGGAAAAUCAUCAUUGUCUCUCAGGACCGCGUGGAGGUGGAGGUGCUGCAGCUCUGUGCUGUGAGGAUCCACGCCCCCAUCACACGGAUGAGGACAGGGACCCAGAUGCCUGUCUACAUCACUGGGAUCACUAACAACCAGAGCCCUUUCUCUUUUGGCAAUGCUGUACCAGGCCUGACUUUCCACUGGUCUGUCACGAAACGGGACAUCCUGGACCUCCGAGGGCGGCACCACGAGGCAUCUAUCCAGCUCCCGUCACAGUACAACUUUGCCAUGAACGUGCAUGGCCGGCUGAAAGGCCGGACCAGGCUGAGGGUUGUGGUCAAGGCGCUGGACACCACAGCUGGACAGCUGCAUGGCCUUGCCAAAGAACUCUCCGAUGAGAUCCAAAUCCAGGUAUUUGAAAAACUGAGGCUGCUGAACCCUGAAAUAGAAGCAGAGCAAAUAUUAAUGUCACCCAACUCAUUUAUAAAGCUCCAGACAAACAGGGACGGUGCGGCUGCUCUGAGUUACCGAGUCCUAGAUGGACCUGAGAAAGUUCCUGUCGUGCACAUUGACGAGAAGGGCUUCCUGGUGUCAGGCCCUGUGAUUGGGAUGUCCACUGUUGAGGUGAUUGCCCAAGAGCCUUUUGGAGCCAACCAAACCAUCAUUGUUGCUGUAAAGGUGUCUCCUGUUUCUUACCUGAGGAUCUCCAUGAGCCCUGUCCUGCACACUCAGCACAAAGAGGCCCUGGUGGCCCUGCCUCUGGGGAUGACGGUGACCUUCACUGUUCACUUCCAUGACAACCUUGGAGAUAUCUUCCAUGCUCACAAUUCAGUCCUCAAUUUUGCCACUAACAGAGAUGACUUUGUGCAGGUUGGCAAGGGUGCCGCCAACAAUACUUGCAUUGUCCGAACAAUCAGCGUGGGCCUGACACUGCUCAGUGUGUGGGAUGCAGAGCACCUGGGCCUCUCCGACUAUGUCCCACUGCCCGUCCUGCAUGCCAUCUCACCUGAGCUGUCCGGAGCAGUUGUGGUAGGAGAUGUCCUCUGCUUGGCCACUGUUCUCAUCAGUCUUGAAGGUGUCUCAGGAACCUGGAGCUCCUCUGCCAACAACGUCCUGUACAUUGACCCCAAGACAGGUGUGGCUGUGGCCCGGGAUGUGGGGUCUGUGACAGUUUACUACGAGGUUGCUGGGCACCUGAGGACCUAUAAAGAGAUAGUGGUCGUCGGACCUCAGAGGAUCUUGGCCCAUCGGAUCCAACCCUCCCAGACCAGCUUCCAGGAGGCCACAGCCUCCAAAGUGACUGUCACCGUGGGAGACAGAAGCGCUAACCUGAUCGGUGAGUGCUCCCCCGCCCAGAGGGAAGUCAUCGAGACCUUGCACCCAGAAUCACUCAUCAGCUGCCAGCUCCAGUUCAAACAAGAUGUCUUCAGUUUCCCAGCACGGGACAUUUUUACCGUGGAGCCAGGGUUUGAUGCUGCUCUAGGCCAGUACCUGUGCUUGGUCACAAUGCACAGGCUGACGGACAAGCAGCUGAAGCACUUGAGCAUGAAGAAGACAGCUCUGGUAGUCACUGCCUCCAUCCCUGGAAGCCAUUUCUCUAUAGAGAAGGUGGGGGCUGAGGUGCCCUUCAGCCCAGGACUCUAUGCCAGCCAGGCAGAAAUCCUUUUGAGCAACCACUACUCCAGCUCUGAGGUCAAGGUUUUUGGUGCUGUGGAGAUUCUGGAGAACUUGGAGGUGAAGUCAGGGUCCCCAGCAGUGCUGGCCUUUGUGAAAGAAAAGUCUUUUGGGUUGCCCAGCUUCAUCACCUACACAGUUGUCAUCUCAGACCCCACAGCCGGCAGCCAGGGACCUCUGUCCACCACCCUGAGCUUUUCCAGCCCUGCCACUAACCAGGUCAUCACCAUCCCUGUCACCGUGGCCUUUGUGAUGGAUCGCCGUGGGCCUGGUCCCUAUGGAGCCAGCCUCUUUCCGCACUUCCUGGACUCCUACCAAGUCAUGUUCUUCACACUCUUUGCACUGCUGGCCGGGACAGCAGUCACCAUCAUAGCCUACCACACAGUCUGUGCACCCCGGGACCUCACUGCAACCCCAGUCCUCACUCCCCAAGCCAGCCCUCGGCACAGCCCCCACUAUCUCGCUGCCUCAUCACCAGCCUCUUUGAACGCACUGCCUCCCGCUCGCAAAGCCAGUCCUCCUUCUGGGCUCUGGAGCCCAGCCUACGCCUCUCACUAGCCAAUGCACAGGCAGGUUGGUGCUGAUGGGUGACUCCCCACCGACAGCCUCAAUGUCAGGGAGGCCCCUCCCACAUUCGUGCUGGAACAAGCCCCAAGGACCUGAGCCCAGGCUCUGGGCCAUUAUCACCCCCUCUGGUUUGACAGAGUGAAGCCCAGGUUGUUUAUUAACUGGAGAUUUAAGUUGUUUUUCACUUUCCUUCCAAGGCUUGCAAAGCUAGGACUUCUUGGCUCACCCUUCAUGCAUGGUGUCAAGGGUUUCUGGACAUUGUGCAUUUGUGUUUUUAUUUUCUUAGUGUGGCUAAAAUUCACUCCCGUCUCCUGGCUUUUAAGCCAUGGGAAGCUCUGUUUAGACAUUGUCUGGAGAUGCUGUUACUGUAGUGAUGUGAUCUCAGGGAAAGGAUUUUUAAUUACUUUUGGGGGUUUGUGUAGGUUUUGGGAUGUGUGGUGCUGGGGAUAGACCCAGGGCCUCCCCUGUGCUAGGCAAGCACUCUGCCACUGAGCCACGUCCCCUUUUUGUGAGUUUUUUAAACCCCUGUGACAACUUACUUUUCUCAUAGUCCAGCUGCUACUAGGAAAUGGAGGGGGGGGCGGUUUGCAGCAAAUAGAAGCGAGUGUUCCACGCCUGCCAUAUUGCUACCUGGAGGUUUCAGGAACACAAAACCUGUGAUAGCUGAGCCCUGUCAUGGAUGAGAUGCUGGAAUCUGCUGAGCUAAAUGCAGAGUGGUCUCCCCCCUUCAGCCACUGUGAAAAGACUUCAGCCCUCUGCCUCUGUUUCAUGAGUGAUGAAACACCCGUGGAUGUGACUUCAUCCCCCUGGGAUGGAUGUCCUGAGUGGGGCUCCUCUCUCCUGUCCCAGCUUCACCACAGCGUGGGGACAUCCGGAAUCAUCUUAGGAAACUGCCCUGCAGCUGGCGGCAGGGACCGUCUGCUCUGUUUGCGUCUAUGGAGAAGCCUUUGUGCUUCUCCCGAGCAGAGACCAGUGUUACCAGCGGAGACCUGAUGCUCCUUACUGUACAACGUUCCAGUACCUCAGCAGAGCUGAGCCACCCGGCAGCCCAAAGCCCAGCCUAAAGGAGAGUGGCCACUGACCAGGGCCUGCUGUCCAGGAGAGGACACCCCAGGGAGAGCACAAUUCAGACAGAAGGGGAUACCCCAAGAAGAAGACAACUUGGGAAAAAACCCUGCCCAGCUCAACCUGGGAGAUACCCUUCUACUCCAGGCCCAGCACUGUGCCACUCUCAGGGAAUCCGGAGCUGGCCACAUGUGGGCACUGCAUAUCUCCCAGAAUCCAGUCGGGCUCUGAAGACCAAGUGAGAACCCCUUUCAUCCUUUGGGGUUGCCCCGAGAUGGACUUUCCUGAAGCUAAAAGACUCGUGCCUUUCCUGCUACUUGAGCUCAGGCUGACUGGGCAUCAUGGAAGCCUUUGUCCUUGGUUUAUUUAAUAAAGCUCUGUGUGACU